GCCUGCCUGCCUGCCCGCCCGGGGAGGAGGACAAGUAGAAGGAGGAGGGGGAGGUCGCGGCUGGGACUGGGUGAGCUCUCUCGCUCGCUCGCUGCCUACACCGCCCCUCGGAGCUCCCCCCCCCGCCUGUCAGCAUCUCUGCCUCCCCGUGUCGCCACCCCCCCCCAGGAAGAGACAGCAGAGGGGCAGGGACCCAGAAAUGGUGCUAGUCGCCCCGACGGCCCUCGCCGUUCCUCCGCCCCUCCCGGCUUCUUGCAGCGGCUCCGCACCUGCUGCCAGCGGCCGCCGCCCCGGGGAAAAGACUCCGAGCGCCUCCCGGAGCUAAGAACCGCCGCCUCUAGCCAGACCAACUAGAAUAAUUUUGAAAAUUAUCAACUUUCUGAUGUUCAUAGUGAAACAUGGCGGCUGAUGAUAAAGUCGCCAUUUUGACUGAUGAUGAAGAAGAGCAGAAGAGAAAGUAUGUGCUUGCAGAUCCUUUUAAUGGUAUUUCCAGGGAACCAGAGCAGCAACCUGCAAAUGAAACACCCUCCUCAACAGAGACUUCCACUAUUCCAGAAGAAGAAAUAGAUUGGAUUGAAAAGCAUUGUGUUAAAAUAAACAAUGAUCUACUUAUUUCAAAAGUCUUUUAUUUUUUCUUUUACUCUGCAUAUGGCUCUCUUUAUCCACUUUUACCAGUAUACUAUAAACAGCUGGGCAUGUCACCCAGUCAGAGUGGACUAUUAGUGGGCAUUAGAUAUUUCAUCGAAUUCUGCAGCGCCCCCUUUUGGGGUGUAGUUGCCGAUCGCUUUAGGAAGGGGAAAAUUGUCCUCCUUUUUUCACUCUUAUGUUGGGUUUUAUUCAAUCUUGGCAUAGGAUUUGUCAAACCAGCUACCUUGAGAUGUGUACCAAAGAUUCCGCCUACAGUACAUCCCACCAAUGGGAGCCAUCUUUUAACUACUGUUCCACCAAAUUCUUCAGUCAUCCCUCCCCUUACCAUUAUCCAUGCCACACCACCAAAAGUUCUGGAGAAAAGGAAUUCACGUGCCACUUUGAUGUUAGAAAGUGAGUUAACCCACCCUGGACUUGUAUCUUCUUCUGUAGCUGAUGACACAGCAAUCAUAUCUACUGUUCAGCCUUCAACAGCUCCAAGUACUAACAGUUCUGUGCUCAUAAGCACGACAACUCCAGUGGUCACCGGAAAUUUAACCAAAGUGACAACCAUCCCUUCUCUCACCACCAAAGCAUUCCCAUCUGACCAGCGUACUCUCGUUUAUGACCAGCAAGAGGUAGAAGCAAUAUUUCUGGUGAUUCUGUUGGUCGUCAUCAUAGGAGAGUUUUUCAGUGCGUCUUCUGUCACCAUCGUGGACACCGUGACACUACAGUAUCUGGGAAAACACAGGGAUCGAUAUGGAUUACAACGCAUGUGGGGCUCUCUGGGCUGGGGACUGGCCAUGCUCUCAGUCGGAAUAGGUAUUGAUUAUACUCACAUAGACGUUCUCAUUGAUGGCCAAGGGUGUAAGCCCCCUGAAUACAGGAACUACCAGAUAGUCUUCAUAGUUUUUGGGGUUCUGAUGACCAUGGCUUUGAUAGUGGCAACUCAAUUUCGCUUCCGCUACAGCCAUUUCAAAAGCAAUAACAACAAAGCAAAAGAGGUGGAAAUCCCUCAAGUGGAGAGAAACAAUUCCACUGAAUCCUCUGAAGACACUCCAACUAGCUCUAAUCAGUCACAAGCAUUCAAUUUUUGGGACCUGAUUAAGCUGCUUUGCAGUGUACAGUAUGGCUCAGUAUUAUUUGUAGCUUGGUUUAUGGGUUUUGGCUAUGGCUUCGUAUUCACCUUCCUCUACUGGCAUUUGGAAGACCUCAAUGGCACAACAACUCUGUUUGGUGUCUGUUCCGUCCUGAGUCAUGUUUCUGAACUGACCGCUUAUUUCUUCAGUCACAAGCUUAUUGAACUGAUUGGCCACAUCAGGGUUCUGUAUAUUGGCCUGGCCUGCAAUACAGCUCGUUAUAUUUACAUCUCCUAUUUGGAAAAUGCCUGGACUGUUCUCCCAAUGGAAGUCCUUCAAGGUGUGACCCAUGCAGCUAUUUGGGCUGCUUGCAUUUCCUAUCUAAGUGCAGCUGUACCUCCAGAAUUAAGAACUUCAGCCCAGGGGAUCCUCCAGGGACUUCAUCUGGGUUUGGGAAGAGGUUGUGGAGCUAUGAUUGGUGGAGUUUUAGUCAAUUACUUUGGUGCUGCUGCAACUUUCAGAGGGAUUGGGAUGGCCUGCCUAGUGAUCCUCUUGCUCUUUGCCCUCAUACAGUGGCUUGCAGUCCCCGAUGAGGAAGAAGAUAAGACAAUGUUGGCAGAAAGGAUUCCUGUCCCUUCCAGUCCUGUCCCCAUAGCAACCAUUGACUUGGUUCAGCAGCAGACAGAAGAUAUCAUGCCUCGUCUUGAACCCAGACUUCCUCCCAAGAAAACCAAACACCAGGAAGAACAGGAAGAUGUGAACAAGCCUGCAUGGGGGGUCAGCUCUUCUCCUUGGGUUACUUUUGUGUAUGCGCUUUAUCAAAUUAAAGAGAUGAUGCAACUGACCAGAAGUAGCCGGGCUUCUGAGAUUCAGCCCUUACAGGGGACCAGUGAGCAUCAGGAAACUUCACCACCCUGCACCUCAAGGCAUUCCCCAAGUGUGACUAACUCUGAGCUGUCAGGAGAUGGACCAACCCCUGAAGUGACAUCUGAAUCCCAGACCAAUGCUGCUUUCCCUGUUCCUGACCACUCUCCCAAGGAUAGUCCUACUCAUCCAGCUGCUCCCUCUAUUGUAGAUCACCUUCCUCAGGAGAGUCACCCUCAACCCACUCCUAGCACACACUAAGACAAAGCCCACUCAUUUUACACAUCACAUGGAAGAAACUCUGGGGUCCAGAACCCAGAACUCUAUUCAUCUUAAAGAUUAUAAUA